CUUCGGCGUAAUGGCAUUUUCCUCUGCUCAAGGACGUUAAAUCAGGUGGCGCUUCAGUAGUCAUCAAGGAGACGAUUAUGGAUCGGAUCUGGGCCUCUCCGAAUGAUCAAGCAGAGCGUGUCUGGCAUCGUGAUAGCCCUGUUGCUGUUAAAGAGCACAUCUCCCAUGCCCCUGGACUGUGUCCAGCCGAGCUAUUUUCCUGUUGUCGCCAAACCGAACAGCCUCGCAGUCUAACUUAACGUUCUUCUCAUCUUCUACGUUACCCAUACUAGAAACAUGUCCAAAUCGCUCGUCACUGGCGGCACAGGCUUCAUCGGCCUCUACGUGGUAAAGCUGCUUCUCGAACGCGGCCACCAUGUCAACACCACGGUCCGCAACUUGGAAAACACCACCAAGUGCAAGCCGCUACUGGACCUUCAGGCCAAAUACUCGACCAAGCUCAAAUUGUUCGAAGCCGACCUCAUGGAGCAUGGGUCUUUCCGCCAGGCCAUGGAGGGUUGUGAGGUUGUAUACCACAUCGCCUCGCCGUUCCUGGUGCCGCAGCAGAUCAAGGACGGAUUGAAGGAGUGCGUCGAGCCUGCGCUUCAAGGCACAAAGAACGUUCUCCAGUCUGCCAACGACGUGGAAAGUGUCAAACGUGUUGUUCUCACGUCUUCCGUUGCUGCCACGUAUGGCGACAACGCAGACGUCCUCAAGGUGAAAGAUCAGACCCUCUCCGAGUCCUGUUGGAACGAGACCAGCAGCGUCAGCUAUGCUCCGUAUGCGUAUUCCAAGACGGUUGCCGAGCGGGAGGCGUGGGAGAUACACAGCCUCCAGAACCGCUGGUCCCUGGUGGUCAUCAACCCGGGUAUGGUCCUCGGUCCGUCCAUGACUUCCGAAUCCGUCUCCGGUAGUCUCUUCAUGCUCGAAGCCAUGUACCGCGGCGAAAAUCGGAUGGGCUGUGCCGAUCUUUCCUGGCCGUUGGUCGACGUCAGGGAUGUGGCCGAGGCGCAUGUCAAGGUCGGGGCGAACACGGCUACAAAGGGGAGAUACAUCAUCUCCGGUGACCACACUAUCAGCCUGUUGGAGAUGGCGAACCUCGUCCGGCCGAUCCAUCAGAACCCCAAGGUGCUGCCUUGUUGGAAUCUCCCGAAGCUGAUGGUCUACGCCGCGGGGCCGUUCAUCGGCAUAUCAAAGAAAUGGUCAGACGCGAACAUGGGAAUUGGAUUCAAAGUCGAUAACAGCAAGAGUAUUAAGGAGCUGGGAAUGGCGUACCGUUCGGCUGAGGAAGCGGUUCAGGAACAUUACAAGUCAUGGCUGAAGAAUGCGAAGGGCGCGUAAGUUUUUCAGGGGUUUGUUUUGCGGGAGGUGGGGCGCGGGAGAUACGGCGGUUGUGAGGCUGGGAGGUUGUUUCCGCGUGCACUGUGUCAAUUCUCAUCUCUUCAAGUUGCUUAGGAAUAAUCUGCGUUUGCGUCC